GGCGCCGCUGGCCUCUCCCCGAAAAGGAUCGCCCGCGACGCUGCAGCCUCGACUCGCAGGGAGGAACAACUAUGGAGGAACAGAGGCUUGUGGUACCCAAAGAAGAGGGAACUGAGAGAGGAGAAGGAGAGCCUCUCGUUGUCCAAGUGAGGACCGUUGAGGACUUUCUGGCCAGGGACGGCCCAUCCCACAUUAAGCCGGAUUCAGAGGAAGAAACGCACCGAUACUGGGACUCUGAAUGGCAGGACUUCCUGAAAAGUGUGGCAUGGCUUUCCCCGACCCCGUCUCCGCCUCCAACAGAGAAAGAUGCCAAGGACUUCCAGGUCCCCUUGGGGAGAGUCAAGGAAGGUCCCCAGGAGGAGAGUUCUGGAGGGGCCAGAGGGGAGGCUGUGCUCCAAGGAGAUCCGAACGUCGGUGGGAAAGCCUGGCUGGGCAGGGAAGAGCUGGAUUCCUGCGUGAUAGUGAAGGUGGAAGAGGAGGAGGUUGAUCUGGAAACACAGUGGCCCCUGCACCUCAGGCAGCUCACCGCCCAGGAUGCCUAUGAGCACCAGGAGAUGUCUUCAAAGAGAAAGAACCCCAGUUCAGCCGAAGGAAGUAGCAAGAAGCAAAGGAAAGCCAUCGAUCUCGAUUUGAAGAUGAAGAUCAUCAAAGCAUACGAGGCCGGGAAGAAGGUGACUAAAAUAGCACAAGAAGAAGGCCUGGCCCAUUCCACCAUUUCUGCUAUUUUGAAGGAUAAGGCAAGAAUCAGAGAGGCGAUGAAAGGAUCAGCAGGAAUGAAUGCAAGUAUAACAAGGCAGCGAAAAGGCCUCAUCCAUGAAAUGGAAAAACUCCUAAUACUUUGGAUCGAAGAUCAGAUACAGAAGAGGAUGCCGGUCAGCCUUCUUCUCAUCCAGGCUAAGGCACGCAGCAUUUUCACGAUGCUGAAGGAACGAGCAGGUGAGGAGUGCACCGAAACAUUUACUGCCAGCCGUGGCUGGUUUAUGCGGUUUCAGCAACGAUUCCAUUACCAGAAAACACACACGUCCGGGGAAGCUAAAAGUGCUGACGAGGCAGUUACCAAACGUUUUCUGGACGAACUUGAUGAUACCAUAGCAGAAGGGAACUAUUUGCCCGAACACAUAUUCAAUGUGGAGGAAACUGGGUUGUACUGGAAAAGAAUGCCGGAGCAGACCUACAUACACAAAGAGGCCCAAGCAACGCCUGGACGUAAAGCGUUGAAGGAUAGAGUAAGCUUACUAUUGGGUGGAAAUGUCGCCGGAUUGAAGCUGAAGCCAUUUCUGAUCCACAAAUCAGAUCACCCCUCUGUGCUCCAAAACAUAAGCAAGGACACCCUGCCCGUUUAUUACCGAUCCAAUUGGAAGGCCUGGAUGACACAAGUCCUGUUCGAGGAUUGGUUUACGAAUUGCUUCAUUCCCCAAGUAAUGGAAUAUUGCUGGGAAAAGGGAAUUCCUUUUAAAAUUCUGCUGCUCCUGGACAACGCACCGGGACAUCCCCCGCAUCUCGACAGCCUCCACCCCGAUGUGAAGGUUGUUUAUCUACCCAAAAACAGCAGCCCUCUCCUACAGCCGAUGGACCAGGGGGCCAUCUCGGCAUUCAAGGCGUACUAUUUGCAUGCAACGUUUGCCAAAGCCGUAGCCGCAACGCAGGAUGAUGGGGUAACGUUGCGCGAGUUUUGGGAAGGCUACAAUAUCCUCCAUUGUAUUGAAAACAUCGCAGCAGCGUGGCAGGAGGUUAGUGUGAAAUGCAUGCAAGGGAUUUGGACCAAGUGUUUAAAACGUUUUGCUGCUCGUGUAAAUAAUUUUGAAGGAUUGGACCAAAAUGAACAUUUGGAUGAAAUAAAUACGAAAAUUCUGACACUCACGAAAUCCCUCAAUUUGGAGGUUGAUGCUGAAGAUGUGAAAAAUUUGAUAGCCUACACUGAGGGAGAGCUUUCAAAUGAAGAUUUAAUUGAACUGAAAGAAGAAUUGGAAGCACAGAUGGUUGAGGAAGAAGAAGAAGAAAAAGAGAAAGAAAAAGAGAAAGAGAAAGAGAAAGAAAAAGAGAAAGAGAAAGAAAAAAUAGUAGAAAAACAAAUUGUAGAAGUUGAGCCCAAAACAUUCAGUGUGAAAAGAUUGGCUGGUGUUUUUGCGGGUGUUAACAAAAUUUUAUCAGAAUUAGAAAGUAUGGAUCCAAAUGUAGAACGUUUUAGAAAGGUACAUUGGGAAAUGCGUGAAAUCUUGAAGUGUUACCGUGAAAUAUAUGAAGAAAAAAAGAAAAAAAUCGUGGAAACCAAGCAGAGUGGGUUCUAUAAGAAAGUUACUCCUUCCCCAGCUCCGCUUCCCCCCCUAUUGCCCUCCCCAUCCACAGGAGUAGAACUCCCCGACGAUCCUCAGCCAUCAACCAGCUAUGCCAGCGUAUCCGACGUUUCUGAAAACACAGAAAAAAAUGAAUCUUUCGAUGGAUUUAUAUCCAAUUUGAUUUUUACAGGUAACCCAAAGGAUAUGAGGCUAAAAUCUCCCAAAUUGGAGGAGGAGCCCUUGGAAAUUGUGAAGGUGAAGCUUCCCCUGGAGAUGAAGCAAGAGAAUGAUGGGGAAGCCAACUAAUUAGAAUAUGACGGAUAUGGGCCAACCCAUAAGGAGAAGACUUUCCAGGUGGGAAGAUAAGAAGAAAGAGACAUUUGCAAGAGUCCAUUGGAAUGAGUCAAAUUUUUUCUGGGUUUCUGGGAUUAAAGAAAUCAGAAUAAAUCCAUGGGGAGAACAAAGGCACUCAGGAAAGAAAUCCAGAGAAACUUUCCUGCCCAAAGAAGGUGAUCAAAACUUAAGCCAAUUUUCAGUGUGGCAAAAAGUCCGGAAUUAAGAGCAGCCAGAGAUGGUGUCCAACCCUCAGUGUUCCAGAUAUUCCAUGUGUGCAAGCAAAGGAUCAACUGCAUAAAUUGAGAAAAUUAACAGCAAACCUUCCCUUAUUCAACAGGGGGGCGCUCCCUCAGCAAGAAAAAAGUACAUUUGCUCAGACUGUGGGAAGAGUUUUGGUUGGAAAAGAAACCUCGUGAAGCACAAGAGGACCCACACAAGACAGAAGCCGCAGAAAAACUGCAGCAAAUGCUUUAAUGCAAAAUCCACUCUGAUUAAACACAAGAGGUCCCAUACAGGAGGGAAGCCGUACGAGUGCACCGAAUGUGGAAAAGCUUUUGGGGAAAGGGGAUUCUGGUCAAGCACCUGAAGAUCCACAUGGGGGAAAAGCCACAUAAAUGCUCCGAUUGUGGCCAAAGAUUCACUGCGCGAGAUGCCCUCAUCAAACAGGAGAGGACCCACACAGGAGAGAAGCCGUACGAAUGCUCCGAGUGUGGGAAAAGCUUCCGGAUCAGCUGCCAGCUUAAACUCCAUAAAAGGACACAUGGGGUGAGAAACCGCAUGGGUGCUUGGACUGUGGCAAAAGCUUCAGUGAGAAAGCAUCGCUGGUGAAACACGAGAGGACCCACACGGGUGAGAAGCCGCAUAAAAACUGCAUCAAAUGCUUUAAUGCAAAAUCCACUCUGAUUAAACACGAGAGGUCCCAUACAGGAGGGAAGCCGUACGAGUGCACCGAAUGUGGAAAACCUUUGGGGGAAAGGGGAUUCUGGUCAAGCACCUGAAGAUCCACAUGGGGGAAAAGCCACAUAAAUGCUCCGAUUGUGGCCAAAGCUACAUUGGGCCGAGACGGGAGAGAGGCUGUACAGCUGCCCUGCCUGUGGGAAGAGUGUUGUGUCUAGCUCGCAU